CAGUUCCGGAUGGACGCGCGGCCCAGGGGGGUGAGAAGGGAACGAGAUGACACGCCCUCCACAGGCACAACAGUUGCAGAGGGUGAGGCCGCUGAUGGGGGGUGGGAGGAGGAGGAGGAGGAGGAGGAGGAGGAGGAGGAGGAGGAGGAGGAGGAGGAGGAGGAGGAGGAGGAGGAGGAGGAGGAGGAGGAGGAGGAGGAGGAGGAGGAGGAGGAGGAGGAGGAGGAGAGUGGGGGGGAGGGGGGGGAGAAGGGAAGUCAUGACACGCCUCAAGAAGAAUAGCAACUGGACAGGGUGGGUUGAGAGCAA